GAGAUAGAUAGCGUGUGUUAUGUACGAUACGACAAGGUUCCACCGGACGCGGUGGUGGAGGACGCAAACGCGUUCGUCAGUGAGUAGUGGGGACCAAGAGGGGGAGCUCGCGCCGGUGCCGUGGGUUUCUGUAAAUGGCGUCUAGCCGCGAGCGUCGGCACGUCACGGACUCCUCUCUUCGACUCACGGUAGUCUUGUGAGAGCGCGGGCUGCUCGCGUAGCGUCGUGUCCGUCGUGAUUCCGCGCUGACGAACGCGCCUCGCCAGUUUCGUGCGUAUCGCGGGGAGGAAUCACGCGUGUCGUGUUAACGCGCGUUCGCGAGUGCCGUGCUUCCUUUACGUUUUGUCCCUGCCACGAAUUACCGCUCCUGUCUACCUCUUUCUCUCUCUCCUCCCCCUUCCCCGUAUCCUCUUUUCCCCUUCGCUCGAUCCUCCGUCCGCUGUGCCCCGCGACACCCGCCCCUCUCGCGGCCGCGCUACGACGUGUCCGUGCGCGCUCGGCCGCUCAUUCGCUCGUCGCUCGCUCGCGUGCUUCUUCUCCGCGACGGGGCAAUCGUGGCUCUCUUCCUGGUGUGUGCGCGUCAAUGCUCAGUGGCGCCCUUCGUCGAAUUCGCGUGCAGGCAACAUGGAGGAAGGUGCGGUGGUGCUACGAUAGUGGUUUCCAAGCGAGGAGAGUGCUACGCGACGACAGCAGCGCCGUCACGGUGCCCGGAACGACGAGUGUUGUAUCGGCUCCUAUCGUCUGCUGCUACACCUCCUCCUGCUCCACCGCGUCCGCCGUCAACUCCACCUCCUUCUCCUCCUCCUUCUUCUCUGUCUCCUCUUUCUCCUGGGUAGUCUCUUCCUUUCUCUCCUUCACCUCCGCUUCCUCUUUCUUCUCUAGCGGCUACGGCGACGACGGCUACGACGGUGGUGACGACGACGACGACGACGGCGACAACGACGACGACGACGACGACGACGACGAGUCGACGCGCCGGCCGCCUUCUCGCCUUUGUUCGGACCGGCGAUCCCGUCACCGCAAAGUCCGCAGAACAUUCAGUGGAGACGCGAAACAAUUAAAGAGGAGACGAGUGUUUGCCUAAAAAGAGAAUUUUCGGAGGAGGAUGCUCGGCAGUUGGGGCUGGGAAGAAGAAUUGGAGUUGGGAGAGGGUACGACAGCAGCCCCGUCGCAAGAGAGACAAAGACGAGAGAGCCCAGACUCGACGCAUCCUGUUCCCGACAGCCGGGUGCUGAGGUAUGCACCCAGCCGGUGUCACCACCCUCCCAGCUACAACUCGCCACAUUUCAGCACGCAGCCUCCUCUCGACUGUACGGACUAGCAGCGUGAGGUGGCCAAAAUGCUGACUGCUCACACAGAGAUGCACGACAAGCGAGAUAGCCUCGGCGGCGGGCAAUAUGGGGCAGGCGGGGGUGGUAGUGCUUCGAUUGAAGAGAAAUCUAUUCCGAAACAACCACCCCCGCCACCAGCACCACCGCAACGAGACCUGUCGGACCCAACUAUCAGCGCCAAGAAGCUUCCAAAGAAACGAAAGUUUGAUCCAUCUGAGCUCGAGGAGAUGGACAAGACCAGCAACGUUACCAGCAACAUUAACAACAUGGUGAACAUACGCGCGCCGACGAUGCCGCUCGGCCAGCCGACUUUAGGCCCGCAAUCGAGCUUAUUAUCCACCACCAACCGGCAGUCACCGCAACAGCAAGAGUCCGAUUGUUAUCAGGUAUCCUCAGCCCAUUCGGUAGUGGUGUUACCUCCUCAGAGUACAGCGGUGGAUUAUUCUCUUCGCGAGGAACCUUUACGUUCUCGUCCUCGGCCUGCAACCGUUGUUAUUGAUCUCAGUGAGUGGCGCGACCACAGAGUGUUAGCUUUAAGGGAUUUAUGUUAUUAUCCGGGUGUAAUACGUAACGUCGGGGAGGCUCACGGGGAGAUUCUCAUUGAGUUCGACGACAAGAGGAAACAAGUGUACAGUGACGUUCUGGGCGCGGGCAGAUACGAUGUGAUAGGCGACGCCAGCCCGUCCCUGGGACAGGUGACUCUGGAAGCGAAGGUUUGCAUCAGGCAAACUGUCAUACCUUCAAUCGCGAACAGUCACGUGGACGUGAGCAAUGUAGUAGACGCGGGUCAUGUGGAUCCGAGCCACGUGGACGCGGCGAAGGUGUUUGUUAAGGGGACAGUGUACAAGAUAUUAACGAAGCCUUAUCGUUUUGCUGUGAAAGUAUCGCGGGAUGACGAUCGGACUGAGACUUGCUAUGUGAAGCGCGCGGACUUGCGACUGGUGCAACCACUAUGGGCGGACGAGUUGGAGGAGGGCCUGGAGGAAUGCGAUCCUUCGAGGAUCGAGACCAUUGAACACGGGUAUCGCAAUACCACGGAAGCUCCGACAGCAGUGCCAAUUUUGCAAAUCCAUCAUACUUCUCAUCACCCAUCGCAUAUAUCGUCUCAUAACGACACGAGCUACUAUAGAACCACCGGCACCAGUCCUCUCAUGACCUUAGGCACUCCUGCGCAUUCUGCCAGUACUGCGUUAAGUAACGGCAGCCGGCCGUACGACGAUUUAGAAAGCGAGGACGACUUAGACAGGGAAGAUAUUACAUUUCCUUCGGACGCAGAUGCAAAAUUGUCAGGGAGCAGCAAGAGAAGCAGCAUGCAGAGCCGGGGAAGUACCAGUAGCCUAGUUGAACAACGUAGUAUAACGCCUCGUUCUCAGGCAGCCACACCCAGAUCUCAGGCGGCAACGCCACAUAGGUAUAAAAAGGGUGAUAUAGUGGUUACACCGAGCGGAAUUAGAAAGAAAUUCAACGGGAAACAGUGGCGCAGGCUUUGUAGCUCUUCGGACGGAUGUCGCAAGGAGAGCCAACGAAGAGGCUACUGUUCCCGUCAUCUCAAUUUGAAAGGAUCCGGUCUUAGAGGCCCGACGAACGCGGUUCCUGGCGGCAAGAUGGACGGCGAAGAAACGUCGAGAGAUUCCGACACCUCGCCGAAUUACGGUGAUAGAAGAAUAGCAGGUAGAUUUGAUCAAGACGAAACCGAAGCUGCUAAUAUGCUCGUGUCUCUGGGGAGUUCUAGAUCGGCUACGCCAGCUUUCUCGUCACCGACAGGCCAGUCCUCUAUAUCACCGUGCAUAAACCAAUCGCCGGUGCCGCCGUUGGGCCUCAAUCAGAACAACGUGUUCAUGCCCAUCUCGAGUCCCGCUCAUCACGCGACUCCUCUGAUUUCACCUAGCGCGAAAUGGAAGCAUUCGCCCACGCAGUCUAACUUUAUGGUGCAGUAUCCGCAGCAGGUGAUCAAGCCGGAGCCGAAUCGAGUGGUCCGGUCAAACCGGCCAGCUCCAACGGCGCCUGUCCCUACCAGUAUGGGGACAAGCGUGAUAAGAAUCUCUCCGGUGACCCGCGCCAUAUCCGGACAGAACAUGACUCUGCCGUGGUCGGAGCAGAGUCCGCCGCCGACGAGACACCCCUCGGUAGUCACGUCCAUCGCCCAGCAACAGCAGGGCAUAAUCCUGCAGCACGCGCUGCAGGCGUCGAGUAACGAUUUCCCCAAUCACCACGCCGAGAUGGCCGAGCAGAAUACGCAGCUGAUCAAGCCGUCGCACUCGCCGCACAUACCGCUGCCGACAUCGGCGCCGCAGAACUUGGCGCUGAUGCACAAGCCGCUGGAACAGCCGGUCGACUACGCGCAACCGCCGCAGCCGCAGAACCAGCCGAUCUACGUGAUGCAACAUCAGCAUGAGAAGAAACAUCAGUACGUUGUGAUCAAGAAUAGCAUGGAUGGACCAGCGGCUGCGCACAUCAGCAAUCAGGACGACAAGUAUCGGCAGGGUCUGAUGAAUCAUCUGGGCCAGCUGCCGACGUCCACGUUCAACCAAGUGCAGUGCCAGCCGCCUCAGUCACCCGUGGUUUCAUCCGUCCAUCUCGACAAACUGUCGGUUUUGCAACCCGUGAACAAGGUGGGCACGCAUGCUGGUGUGCAUAUGGACAUGCAGAGAAAUCAACCGCCGCCUACGAGCGUCGUGAUGACAUCCACCACGGAAGCAUCCGAUCCGUCUACUCCGACAAGCGUCUUCCAGCACGUAAUUGUUCAGUCCGGACAUUUGGUGCAGAUUCCUAAGACCCAGCCCGCCAGGGAAGAGAAUGCAAAAAACAACGGUAUUCUCUAUGGCAGCCACGAAGUUUCUCCUGCAUACCAGCCCCAUCCCCCAUCAUUACUGAACAGUGCAGUGCGCAACUGGAAAAAAGCUUUUUCCUGGCAGACGACAGUUCUGGAACAAUCAGAGGUGAGCCCUCCUCCUUCUGCUCUGAGCCCACCCCUGAGCGCACCUCCAAUUCCAAUAAGUAUGAGCACUCCUGCUGAAGAUGGCCCUGGUACUGGUUCAGAUCCCAUAAUACCCGCCGAGGAAGAGGACGAUGAUGUUUUUGAAGCAGAACCAACUCCACCCGCAGAAGUGGAAGCUAACGCUAAUAAGAGACGCAGUCAGUCGCUCAGUGCUUUGCAAUCAAAGGAGCCGCAAAGUCCACUGAAAACUAAAGACAGAAUACGACGGCCCAUGAACGCAUUUAUGAUUUUCUCGAAACGACAUCGCGCCGUUGUGCAUCAGCGACACCCGAACCAAGACAAUCGCACGGUGUCUAAGAUAUUGGGUGAAUGGUGGUACGCGUUGGGACCAGAGGAGAAACAAAAGUAUCACGAUCUCGCCUCGGAGGUGAAGGAGGCGCAUUUUAAAGCGUAUCCGGAUUGGAAGUGGUGUAGCAAGGACAGACGAAAAUCGUCGACGGCGAGCUUCAAAGGAAGCGAGACUAGGGCGAAGUUGAACAGUACGGGCGAGGAAACUGAUCCCUUACAGAGCUCCUCCUCGGAGGACCCGCUGGCGGUUGCUCCCGCCGACGAAGCGCCCGCUCCGAUCACUACUGCGAAUCACUACAAUGAAGCUCCCGCUAAUAUCGAGAGAUUGAGUAGACUGGCUUCAUCGACGGAAUUAUCGACACAGAUUAUGAACCAGUCGCACACGCAACAUCGGAUCGCAGAGAUUCCAUUGCAAGUUGAGAACGCAGACAUUGAUGUUAAGCAAGACGACGACGGGAACGGAUCCGACGACGAUCAGAUGGUUAUCUGCGAAGAUCCUCAGCCGGAAAUAGACCUGAAGUGCAAAGACAAGUUGACAGACAGUGACAACGACGUGCAGGAGGACGCGGAGAAAAAGUGCUUUAAUCAGUCGCAGUUCUCACCUGUGAGCGGUCAGAAGCGAGAGGCGGUCAAUGUUAAACAGGAAAUAACCUGCAGGCCUAAACCGAUAAAAGCACGGAUACCCUCAACAGGUAUAGAAUCCACAACAAAAUAUCACCAUACUUCCAUGGAUAAAGGCGGUACUGUAUCAGUUUUGUCGAGUACGUAUCCUUAUCACAGUCCUGUCAAUCCAACAGGAGUGUCAGGGUUCCAACCCACUGGCGGUGCUUUCAUAACUAUGCCAAUAUCGCCGAAAGUUAUUAAGCCGGAGCCGGUGAAGGGCGAGCAGCAGUACAGCACUCAGUACAGCGUGAGCAAUCUCGUAAGCAUCCACACUGAGAACGGACGGAACAUGCCUAAGUUUACAGCAGCUCCGGUGUUGCACUCUAUUGGAUCGAAACCUAUGAUGGCGCUGUUGAAACAACAGCAGCCGUUGCAGUCGUUAGGCACUACUCUUCGUCCCCUUACUUCAACUGUCCCUUAUCAACCACCGUUCACUCUAACAUUGCUCGAUAACGAUUUGGUGGCUGUUUCCAAACCGCAGCAGGGAUCGCAGUACCUUAACCCGACACCGCAGCAUCCCAGGAUGUACGGCGGAUUCCAGAUACCCAUCUCUGACGCUGGUAAUCGCAACAACUCCAUAUCCGUGCAAAACUUGGUUCCCAAUAACAAGAUGGAGAUUCAGAGUGUCAUUGUGAGCAAGCCCUACCCGGUCUCGACAAAUUCCACCACGUCGACUUACCGAGGGCACGGUGGCCAUUCCAUUGCUCGUCUCACCGAGCCUGAGAACAGUGACAAUCAACUGACCACGAAUCACGCUCAAUUUUACGGUAGUAACGUAAAAACGGAAGACAGGAAGGAAACCAUAAACAUUGCUCUUCCCACGACCAAUGAUAAGCACAAGCAACCGCCGACACCUCACACUCCGCAGACACCUCAGAACAAUCACGGAAGCGGUGAUUUGUCGUCGAAUAAGUCGUACUCGUUCGAUGAGGGCCAGAAUAACGACAUAGGGCCAAACAAGGGUCCUUUCAUGCUCGCUCCGACUCCGGCACAACUCGGUCGUGCGCCACUGCAAAGGAGACAAUCGAUGGCACUGCCUCCCGUUUCAAACGCAGGGGAUCAUGGGCCAAUGAUAUCUCAGCAUUGUGACAGUCGACCGCAAAUCAAUACGUCUCAGAGCGUGUCAGAGCAGACGCAACAGCAAAGUUUGGCAGAAUCUCAUACUUCCCCCUCACCCUCCACUAAGAAGGCUUCCUUCUUCAAGAAAAACGUGGAGGAUGGUAUGGACAGAGUACUCGAACAAGUGAACUUUCAAGAGAAGUUCUCGUCGUUGCCGGAAUUCAAACCGGGGGAUAUACAGAGUCCGAGUGCGAUCAGUAUAAACACUCCAGGCUCAUCUAGCCAUAGCAGCGUAGCGUCCGGAUUACAUUCGUCGAAUUUACAAUCUUCCAUGCAGAUGCCAAGUUAUCGGAAAAAAUCUGCACAAGGACCUCAUAGGCCCACAAUGAAUGAGGAUGAGAUCGACUCGGAUACAUCGAUAUCGGCUACUCCAAAGUCCACUUCGAGCGUGAAGUUAACAGGCAACACAUUCUUCGGCCCGGAUUUCAACGUCGACGCCUAUCGAGCCAACAACGAUUUGAUCGACGUCGACGCUAGUUCCCCGCGUACACCAAAAACUCCCAGCGGCGGUGCCGGGAGUGCUGUAGGAAUCGGCAGGAGUGACAACGAGCGCGGUCAUAGGAAGAUCUUGGAGCAACGCAGGCAUCUGGUCAUGCAGUUAUUUCAGGAACACGGUUACUUCCCAUCCACGCAAGCCACUUCCACGUUUCAAGCUAAGCAUGCGGAUAUAUUUCCCACCAAGACGAGCUUGCAAUUAAAGAUUCGGGAGGUCAGACAAAAAAUGAAGGCCAAUUCGACACCGAUGAGUGCCAACAGCCUCGUCAGUCCAUUACCAGUCUCCGAGUCUUCACCUGUUGUAACUGGUCCAUUGACUGCUCCUCCAACAUCGAUGGGAGCUCCACAUUCACUGCCUGUAAGCAGUAGUGGUAGCUAGCACCCACGUGCCAACUGUGAUACUAUGCAUCCCCUUACUCCACAACACGAGUACAUCAUUAUCCUUUGAAGAGCAAAGUGUUUACUAGAGAAAUGUCGUUAGUGCACAUCCUCUUCGGAACUUGUAAAGUACUUGCGAAAGGCUUUAGUGCAAUUUUAAAUUUCGAUGAGACCUGGUGCGGGUAACCUAGCGGGCAUGCCGCCAGGCGUGUUGAUAUAUAAGUGUCAGUGUCGGUCGACUUUGUAUAUAAUAUCGAGGUAUUACACGUUCGUCGAUACCCUCCGUCAGCUGCUUCCUCGGAAUGUGUGUGUGUGUGUGUGUAUGUGUGUGUGUUCUUUUGAGUAUGAUCGUAAUAUUGAAACGACCGGAGAAAAUCGUUAAUGUUCACGUAUUGGACGGAUUGCUCUGUGUAUUUCACGGCGAUUUAUGUUUUGGUAUGCGAAUUGAAGUUCGCGUAAAUAAAAACACGCAACACACGAGAUGAGCUUUCUUCUUUAAAACGAAAAGACAAUAUUACGUUGCAUUCUAUGUCCGAGGAUGAUUCAGAAGGAAACGUGAGAACAAUGAAAAUGUGACGUUAUUUUAGUACAUCUCGAAAUCGUCAUUCAUGUUUCUCCGCGCAAUUCUCGAUUGUGUAAUUGAUAUUUGUACAUCAACACGUCCUGCGUGAUUCAUGAAAGGCCUAAGCCAUUGUUAAAUAUUGUUGAAAAUACUAUGAAACUCAUAGAGAAAGAGAGAGAGAGAGAGAGAGAGAGAGAAAAAAGAGAUAGAUAGAAAAAGGCAGGAGGAAAGAAAAUUGUAAUUGAAGACAUUAUGGAACAUAGAAUUAACGGAACAUUAUAACGUGAGAAAAUCAGAGUUUAUAUACCUUAGUUAUACUUUAUAUAUUAUAUAGAUGAAAAAAAGAAAGCUAUAGUAUGAAAACUGCACAAAAUUUCUGUAAACCGUCACCGAUGAUCGAUCGGGGAUUAUUUCACUUGUACAUAUUGCAGAAUGAUCUUGGGAUAUGUGUAAGAGAUAUCUGAACAGUUGAAAUAUCUACAAUUCUUUAUCUAAAACGAUAAAGGCAACCGCAUUCUAUGGUGAUUCGUAGAUUAUAACAUCGGAAAAGCAAGAACCGUGCCAUUGUGCGACGACAGAGCAAAGGGAAUGCAUGCGCGCUAAUAAUUCCCUUAUUAGUGAAGGGAUAAUUGUUAGACGACUCUUUUGAUAUAGAUAAUAUGUAAUAUGUUUCCAAACAUUAUUGAAAGUACUUAUUCUACUGUUUUUAGAGCUUUGCUAAGAUUCAAUGCUUUAAUCUGUGAUUUUAUAUAUUUUUUUUUAAACGGUCUUUUGCUUCUCCCCCUUCAUUUAUUUUUCUUUUUGUUUAUUUUAUUUUCCUUUCUUGCUGGCCUUAGAUCUAAGUGCUUUUAAGCAGGCCGUAUUUUUUUUCCAAUUUUUUUUUGGCCGUGACAAAUACGCGUUUUACUGCUAUAUCUUUAUAUUGUGUAUCCGUCACGUACUUAACAUGUACUAUGCAAAGAGGCAGAAACAAAAUCCGUUCAUCGUUGCAAUUCGGAUGCCUAUAUCAAUUUUUAAUGCGGCAGUUACCAUACGUCUCAUCAACGCGCACCCUUUUAUCGAAGCAUGAGCGUUUAUGUUGUACGCGAUGAAUAUAUAUAUAUAUAUAGAGAGUUUAGUCGGAUCAGUAUUUAUAUCGUCGUUUUAAUAAGUUUAUUAUCCGAACGAUACAGUGUAUCGCGCAAUCUGUUUUAAAAUACCAUCUUUUACUGAUCCAGUUUCUCCUUUCCUUCUUUUUUUUUUUUUUUCUUUUUAAAGCUAUGUCGAAGCUUUUCAGAAUUAACGCGUUGAAUUUUAGCAAGGGUUGUUGAAUUUGGCUGUAAAAAAUAGACUAUGUAUAAUUAGUGAUAUGUUUAUAAAAAGAAAAGCGCACCUCGAGAGGUUGAAGUCUCGCGCCACGGCACGUAUAUUGUAGUUAGGAUAUGAGGUAAUGUCUAUUCUACAUAUUUUGUAAAUAGAAAACAUGCGAUAUAUAUACUAACUGAAUAUAUACAUAAUAUUAUAUAUACGAUAUAUAAUAUUAUAUAUAUGUAUAUAAUAUAUACACAAAACACAUAAAACACAACACACAAACAAACACACACACACGCAACAUAAAUUUAGGGUGUAACGGAGGUGUGGUAGAAUAUAUAUAUAUAGUAUUGUAAUUUGUAGAAUUAUAACUAUGAGAAAAAAGCGCAGGAUUAAGUUUAGAAUAAUCGCAAAUUAUGGGCCUUCAUCUAUCGUGGACUUUUGUGCUCGGGACACACACAGUCCUCCCACCCUUCUCCAAAGUUAAUCUUUUCCUAAAGCGCGUUAAGGGAUACGAUUGUUUGUAUAUAAUAUAAUUAUAUUAUCGUCCUAUCGUCUCUUGAUUUAUUAUUUUUUACCAAGCGUUAAGCGCACUGGUGGCAAAACGGUAGUGUAGGAAGAGGGAAACUUAAAGCCUGGAUUGAUCCUGUGAUGCUUUCGCGUGUCGUCGUCGUUACUUAAGUAACUUCUCUAUUCUGUCACGAGAAAAUCCAUGCAUCGCUUCAGGUCCGGUCUUAACGAGCUGUUUUACUACGUUUUAAAACGAUUUUUAUGAUUGCGUUUCGUGCGCGAGCGAUCGUAUAUUUCAAACGCUACCCUAUAAUUGUGAGAAUAUUCUAGAGAGAAUCGCAUAUAUGCGUGCGUUUACGUCACGUGUCGUGAAGUGUGUGUGCAGGAGAUCGUUUUUACUUAAUUCGGUUGAAUUCUAAUGAGAUGUUUAAUGAGAUUUGUAGAACGUUUUAAGGAGAUAUUUUAUCAGGAAAAUAUUUUAAAUACGAAUGCUCAAGUCUUACUGUGUAUAUUUAUGCGCGUUUACUACGCAAGAUCUGUCUUAUACAGGAUCUAUAUAGUGUGAAUUUAUAUUCUUGUCGAAUAUAUCUGUGUGUUUACAUAGCUGAGCAAUAACGAAAGAAACUGUGCAUCAACAGACUGCUUAUACGUUUAUAUAGUUUAUCACACUUUACUGUAUACGCACUCUUCGUAAAAAUCUGUUUGAAAACGAGAUAUCACGAGAUCAUUCAAACACAUCAUUCUUCGCCUUUAGAUAAAACAGGAUCUUAACAGGGUUUGAAUAUCUCUCGCACUCUAGCCCAUCUCAAAGAGUUUGAAACGAAAAAAUAUUAUAUUUUGUACUUGCGUAAACUAGCGAACUACUUUCCAGUAUUUAUAAGAUUCUUGAAAAAAAAAUACUUUGAUAUCUUCUUCCCCCUUUAUUUCACAUGGUGAUGAAAUACGUUCCGUGAUUUAGCAGCCAUGAAUGUGACUGUGAUCUAGGAAAACAGAAGUAAAGUAAAAGUGGCGGCUACUCUACUGACUAUUUCUUCACCACAUGACUUUCUUCCUAAUCCCUUCCUCUUUACAUUUCUUCCUCGAUGCUGUAUAAAUGAGUAUGCACUAAAUCGAGCGCUUCUUUACACCGUUCUUUUUUAUUAUUAUUAUUAUUAUUUGCGUUAGACGUAUUUUUACUAUGCUUAUAGCCGCUACUGAUUUACCGUAAUAUUCAUUAUUCUAUUAUUUCUUGUUUAAUUUUGAAAUAUUUUUAAAAUUGUUAUGUAAUUAUAUAUCAGUCAAGAUUAAUGUUAUGGAAAAAUAUACGAAGCAUACAAAAGUAAA